GGGUGGGGUAUGGGAGGAGAGGUGGGGGUAAGGCAUGGACGGAAGGGAGUCUUGGCGAUGGGGGGUAAGGAUGAUGCCGGCAGUGGAGAGACACAAGGAGAGGCACAAGAGGAGCAUGGUAAAGCUGUCCCGCUGGUGAUGACGAUGAUGUUGAAGGGCAACACGAGUAGGAUUUUGAAGAAUGGCUAAAAGACAUAGGGCUGUGAAGGAGAUGGCCGUCGAGGAUUAGGUGAGAGGUGUGGCUGCGACGUUUCAGGAGUGGGAGAGGUUGACUUUGAGGGAGAAGAGGGGAGAGAGACGAGAACCGCGGUUGGCUGGGAGCCUGGGGUUGGGGCUAUGUGCAGUCUGCAGCAGCUGGGGAGUGGAGGGAAAAUGCGACGUCAUUUAUAAUGACAUCUGUGAGGCACUCCCGGAUUCUUACAUCUCAUAGUACAGAUCAUGCGAUGGGCAAUAGGAUGUCAAGGAUAGCUUUGGGUUGUUUCAGCUCGGAGAGGCAUGAGAAAUAUGCACAUGGGUUGCAUUUCUCAGAGCCUCUUGACGAAGGAUUGGGACACUCCUUUUGUUACGUCAGACCAGUACUGGGGUCUCUUGCCUAUUCCCCCAACCAUGAAGAUUCUCGUGAUAUUUCGCCGCCAGCGCUCGACCUACCGCUGGAGACUGCUUCUGCCGAUGCUGUUGAGAUGGACCCUCAAAUGAGGGCCGCGUCGGAUGAGCUACCGAACCUAGAAAAAAUGGAGCUUGAGUUGAAGCAAGUGGAUAGGCCAAGGGUGGUAUGGGAGAAACCAGAGAGGAGCAAACACAACGAGAGAGCCAAGAGCAUGACUGAGACUUCAUUCAAAACCAUAUCGGGUGCUUCAGUAAGUGCCAACACUUCCACACCCCGAUCAGUUGCCAGUCAAGAGCAGUUCAAUUCCUUUUCCAAUGUGCCCAUUGAGCGUGCUGCAGCUUUUGAAAGCACGUCUUCCUUCAGUGCCCUCCCGCUGCAACGCAUUGCAAAUUCAGGUCCAAUAUCAGGUCCUUUGUCUGGACUUCUUGGUGCAGGCCCUCUUGACAGGGGUUUGCAGUCAGGGCCCUUGGAACGAGGGUUUAUGUCAGGCCCCUUGGAGAGAGGUUUCAUGUCAGGGCCAAUAGAGAGAGGGUUUAUGUCCGGGCCACUCGAGCCAGUGGAUCGCAAUACUUUUUCUGCUCCUCUCGCAGGUCUUCACGGCCCUACCAGGAAAAAGAACUCUCUCAAGCGGUUCGUGAGGUCUAUGAGCCUCCCCAUGAGGAAAGCCAUUGCUCGUACGGUGUCCAAGACAACUGCUACGUUAACUCGGACGAUCGUGAUUCCUGUGAGGCACUUCGUUUUGGGGGAUAAUCCUCGUGACGGAGACCAUCGAGACUUCCCUCAGAGCUCUCUCGAUUCGCCCUUGAACUUGGGCACUUCCGGGUCUGAUUUGGAGAUCAAAGACGACAACAAUUUGCAGUGGGCUCAAGGAAAGGCCGGGGAGGACCGCGUACAUGUGGUACUCUCUGAAGAGCAUGGUUGGCUGUUUGUGGGCAUAUAUGACGGAUUUAAUGGACCCGAUGCUCCUGACUUUCUCAUGAGCAACUUGUAUCCUGCAAUUUACAGGGAGCUCAAAGGUCUGCUCUGGAAUCAGAAGAGUGGUUUUGAACUUGGUGAUAGUAGCCCUGGUGACUAUGGUGGAGGAAGUACUCUUGGGUUGAGAAACAUCCGCCGAUCGGGAGAGGAAGGCAGGGCGGGCGGUGACUUUAUAGCCCGUUUAAGACGCGUGGAUUCUAGCAGCUGUGUUUCUUUGCAGGAAAGCCAGAAGGAAUGUGCUAGCAAUAUGCAGUUCGGGGUGAAGGAGCUGAGUAGUUCUGGAACGUCUGGAAUUGAAGGGAAUGGGAAGGAGGAUCUUGAUAGAAACAGUUGCCAACCACAUAGUCUUCUUGAGACACCAUUAGUGAAGCCUGCUGUUGUCAGCGUAGAUCUGAGCCCUGGUGAUAUAGGCAAUGAACUGGGAUAUUCUAGUUGCGAAGUAGAUAUUGCAGUGACCCAUGGUAAUGGAGAACACUCAGAAGAGCAGCUUCUCAAGCACACGGAGGGACACGUAAAGUGUGAGUUAAGUACAAGCGAAUCGAAGUGCGAAUUAGGCUUAGGAUUAGAACAGGAAGGCAUACUGGUGGAGGAUAGAGUAGAUACGCAGGUGGGUACUGAGCAGAAUUUGUCGAGCAUUGCUCCUCAGGUGAAGACACCGGAAUCGAUAGGAUCUAGUAAUGUACACUUGGCUGAGAACAAUCUUGCCAAAGAUCAUAGCUUUCUUAAUAUGAAAUUGCAAGUCCUUCAUAAUCGACGUUGGGAACAGCACCGAAAGUAUCCGCAAUGGAGGUAUGAGUGGGAACAAGAAAGACUGGUGGAAGAAGAGCGGCUAAAAGAAAAACUUCGUCUCAUGCAGGUAGAAAAAGAAUCGGAGAAUAAUACUGUGGACCAUGAUGCUGUGUUGAAAGCGCUCUCUCGUGCACUGGAAGCUACAGAAGAAGCUUACCUGGAUAUGACUUACAGGGUUUUGGAUGAGAAUCCAGAACUGGCGUUGAUGGGAUCUUGUGUACUGGUGAUGCUCAUGAAAGAUGAAGAUGUAUAUAUUCUGAAUGUUGGAGAUAGCCGAGCAAUUAUUGCGCAAGACUGCAGACGAGGCUCUUUUAAUUCUCUCUCUAAACUUUCCCGCAAUCAACUCAAUGGCUACAAUGUAGAUGAGCAUGAAAGGAUUGGUGCUCGCGACUCUUUACUGCGUCAGGAGCUAGAGAGAAUAAUUGAAGAAACCCCUACAGAAAUUGAGGCUCUUGAAGCCCACGACCCCAACCUUGGACCGCCCCCACUAGGCCUGUCACUAUUAGGUGCCUUGCAACUUACAGAGGAUCAUAGUACCAGCACUGAAGAGGAAGUGCAGAGAUUAAGAGCAGAGCAUCCGUUUGAUGAUGACAUAAUCUCAAAUGAUCGAGUGAAGGGGAGACUGAAAGUGACCCGAGCAUUUGGUGCCGGAUUUUUAAAGCAGCCGAGGUUGAACAACGUUCUCUUUGAAAUGUUCCGUUGCAAAUUUAUUGGCAACGACCCAUAUAUCUCUUGCGAUCCGUGUUUGCGACAUCAUAAGCUUGGGCCACAAGACCGGUUUUUGGUGCUCUCAUCCGACGGAUUGUACCAAUACUUAAGCAAUGAGGAAGUUGUAUCUCGUGUGGAAUGGUUUAUGGAAAGGUGUCCUGAUGGAGAUCCAGCACAACGUCUUAUUGAGGAACUUCUUUUCCGAGCUGCCAAAAAGAAUGGAAUGGAAUUGAAUGAACUUCUGGAUAUCCCACAAGGCGAUCGCCGCAAGUACCAUGACGAUGUUUCAGUGAUGGUUAUCUCUCUUGAAGGCAGAAUUUGGAGAUCUUCGGGUUCCCUCAAGCAUUCAGCUUGAACUGUCCCUCAGGUUUUCUGGCUUCCGCGUGAACUCCAAAAUAGCAGUGGAUCCGUGAGCUCCUCAGCUCUUCUGUGAUAUCACAACAAUUUGUUAUUCUUGUACCGUUACUUGAAUAAUAGAGAGUAGCUGGUUACAUCUCUAUCUUCAGAAUUUUGUCUCUGUAGGUACACCUGCAUGCAACAUGCAGUUGGGAUUGUAUUUUCAACACAGCGUAUUUCGCUCAUCCUUUGUGAUCAGGUAAUUGCUUUAAUGACAAAACUGGGAGGUAUACAAUAACAUUUAGCGUAAUCA